UUUGAAGAUUUCAAACACAUUUUUUUGUUAAACUACACGAAUAAGUCAGUCAACUGUGUCGGUAUCGUGUUCCCGCCUCCACGUUGCUUGCUGUCAGAGCUAUGGAAGAUCUCGUCACAAAAAAGACUGGCGUUAUCAUUUGCUGGGAAUGCCUAAAAAAUUCCCAAGUAACUAUGGCAAUUUUUCCUCUUUUGAACAUAUAAAUAGUUUGCCCGUCCACGAUUGUUAAUAACACAUUCUACUGAUGAACUGAAACUUUUGACUUGACCUACAAUAAAGUAAGUUUACUUUUUCGUUGUUGAAUGUUUGAUAACUAAUUGAAAAAAGUAGCAUAUAUUAUUUGUGCAUAUAUUGUUUUUUUAAAUAACAACUAAAUAUUAAUAUUCUUUUAUUUGUUGAAUUUAAAUAACAAUUGACACAUGUGUUACGCUAAUGUGUGCUUUUUAAAUUGUAAAAGAUAAAACAGAAUAAACGUGUCCUCGAAAUUAGCUUUAGUUUUUGAGAUCCAUUUUGUAAUCUAUCACUACUGCAAAGCUAUGAGUGGUCCGUCUUUGUUAGCCCGCGACUUUGAUCAUCUGAGCAUGUUCUAAAAUAUCAAAAUUACGAUCAACGGAGAUUUGCGGCAUUCAAACAUUACAACUAGGUUUUAAAGAUCUUAAAUGAUUCAAUGCGACAGAAGAUCUUGAAUAGUUAUUUCUUUUUGGCAUUAACACAGCUACGUAAAUUUUUUUUUUUUUUUAAAUAUUAAAAAAAAAUUAACAUAUUUAAAAAAAGACAAGUUUCAGUUAUUUAGUAAAAACGUAACUUACAUUUUCUUUUUUUUUUUUUUUCGAUUGACAAAUAUUAUUUUUUUUUUUUUUAAAUAUUAAAAAAAAAUUAACAUAUUUAAAAAAAGACAAGUUUCAGUUAUUUAGUAAAAACGUAACUUACAUUUUCUUUUUUUUUUUUUGUCGAUUGACAAGUAUUGCGACUACUAAAAUAUGAAUCGUGUUGUUCAUUUAAAGAAAUAUUAUUUCAUCAAAAACCAGGGAGUUUCAAGAGAAAAGAAACAGAUGGGGCCCAAUCAUCUUGGAGCUAUGAUUUUCUAUCUAGCUGUAAUAUCAGCUUUCACGGCUGGAGACAAUUACCCUUUUUUUUUCCAGCUUACACCCGACAACAUGACGUAUUCAAUGAGCUUAUCCAAUGAGACCGUUAAAAAGUAGGUUAAGUUUAGUUAACGCCCUUAUUAUUUUAUUUAAAUUUUCGAGUCAGCAGUCGUGUAUAUCUUACGAGCCUAUGGUUAGACCAUUACCGCAGUGAGACUAUUACCAUAGUUAGACCAUUACAAUGGUUCCUUUUUUAAUGGGUUAGGAAUUACUUUAAAAAGAUUCUAAAAGAGGUAAUAUUUUUACAAAUUUUUAUGUCAGGCACAGUGGGCCUAGCCAUAGGAUUGAGUACCUCGCUAUAUAAGAACACUGUCAUUAAUAAUAACAAUAAAUCAUCUUUUUUAUGAGUGACGGGAAGUUUAACUGAUAGACGAAGUUUAGACUCUGGGCGCACUCAGGGACCUUACAUGGUAAUUUAUUAAGAAUUCUGAAAAAGAAUGUGCAACAGUUUGUUGUUCAUGUGUACACCCUUAAUAGUACUCCGUCGUAUCCUAUUCUUAAUUUGACUUGACGUGAUACAUUUCCUAACUCACUUGUAGCUUACAAACUAAAGUUGGCAUAUUGGCUUCAAAUGUUCUUUUUAAAAAAAUACAUUAUGUAUUUGUUUUUAAAUAAAGCCUAAACAAUGAUAGAGAAAAGAAAAAUAAUCUUAAAAAUGAUAUGAGUAUGCUAAGGUAUGAUAGUCAAAAAAUAGAAAUUAUAGCAUGCGUGUUCUUUCCUCAAGAGAAAAUCAGUUAUGUUUGUUAUAAAUGUAACGGUUCGUCUAAACACACAAAAUAUAUUAUUAUGAAACAAUAAGGCAUGGACAAUAUUUUCUAUUAAACACAUUUUUAUACAAUUUUUGUUGUUUCUGAAAUGAGAAAAAAACUCGACAGAACUAUUUAAUCAUUUCAGUUCAAGUCACACAUUUUCGACAUGUUACAAAAUUGUUACACGUUACUUUGUUUGUAUAUGUCAUACAAAGGAAAAUUAUAAUUGCUCUGGAAACUAUCAUAUCGGUGGCUGGCAACUUGAUAAAUUAGUGCUUUUCUGUCAAAUAAUUUUUCAUUUUUGACAUUUUGAAAAUUUUAUAUCACUGAAAAAAAAAAACUUCCAAAAGGUUAACUCUCUUUUUAAAAUAAAAUAUUGGAAUGCCAAAUUGUUUUAACAUAUCUGAUUGGUUAUUUCUAAACUAUACAGAACAGUGGUAGAACCCAUAGACUUUGGGAAUCACUGAAUUGAUCUAAAGUUAAAUCUAUUUUAUUCUUCAAAAAAUAAAUUGAGAAAAAAGAAAUAAAAAGAAACUAAUUCAAUAAAAGAUGCCACAUUUUUAAAGGAUCAAAGUUUUCGUUUUAUUUAAUUUGAAAAAAAAAAUAUAUAAAUUCGAUGCGUUUGGAAACUAAUGUUUCUUGAUACUUUCAGAUGGUACACUGAUCUCUGUUUCAAUACAACUUCAGCCACAUCCAUUGCUGACUCUACCGUAAAGAGCUUGCAUCGAAACGACACAGAUGCACUCUAUAGGAAUGUAUUCUCCUGUAAACACGUCGACCAAACAAACUUCACGUGCACGCGACAAGCGACUCCGGAGUGCGACAUGACGGAGAGGUUCUUUGAGUUUCAUUCUACGCUCCCUACGUCUUGUCCUUAUCAGUGUAUCGGGAUUUGCUACAGUAACUACGCGCCGAGGUCGUCGUGGCAAUUUUACUUCACGCCGGCACAAAUUAAUGACAGACGCUGUGAACGUGCAACGGAACCCUCGGGGGUCCAAACAGCCUCAGCAACGACAGUUGAAUUGUCAGUUCUCAUCAUAGUAGCGGCUGUCUCGGGCUCUGUCAUCAUUGUGCUUACAGUAGCGCUAUUAGUGGUUGCCAUUUGUACAUGUAGGCGACCUAAAGUAACGGAUCCUGAAUUCAGCCCUUCAUCGUCAGUUAUCCCGCCCACCAGAACUGAAGAAAACCUGGAAAAGACUACGGUUAUUCCGCCUACAAGAACUACCGAAAACCAAGCACAGACUACAGUUAUCCCGCCUACCAGAGCAACAGAAAAACAAGCACAGACUACGGUUAUGCCGCGGACACAUAAAGCAGAAAAAAAAGCACCUACUAGAGACAGAAUCGAUCGGCAAGCGACGUCACACGUUUACGCGAAUAAAUUAGCGGAUCCAAGUCAGUUAGAAACUUCAAGGAUAAGCUCCCCUUAUGUUAAUCUAUAACUUUUUUUUGGUUGAAAACAAGGCACUAAAAUUUUUUUUUUCCUUGAUGCAUACUCAUUGUAAGGUGCUUUACAUGUACUCGUUGUUUGAUG